GAGCGGGAGACAUCACUCACGUUCCAGAUCACGAUCAAGGGACAAAAAGCGCAAAUCGGGUGACAAAAAGCACAGAAGAUCCCGGAGCAGAAGCAAAGAGGUAACUAAAUUAAAGACCAUUUCACUCAUGUAGGUUAAGUUGAUGUGGUCACAUCAUUAUGUAAUUUAUCAUAAAUUUUAGGACAGGGUAAGUAUGAAGCUUUUACAGGACAUGAUGAAAUGCCAAAAUUAAGUAGUUCUUGAGGGAUAAUUCCUUUGGUUCUCUCCCUCACAUGUCAGUUUUGUGAAAUUAGACAUGACUAAAGUAGAGUACAGAUUGUGUGGGAAUUUUCUUUUUGGUAAAAGCCUGUAUUUAGAUCACAUGAUAACAUCUCUAUAACAAAUUACACUCAGCGUGCUAAUGCACGAAGAGACACUCUGAACAGAAGACGCUGCUGACAGAUAGCAAAAUUAUAUGCCUACAUCUGGACAGGCACGGCGGAGAGACCCGGACAAGUUGGUCAGAUCACAUAGCCGAUCUGAGGACCUACUGCAGAGUUCAGAUAAAGAACGCGAGAGGCUUUCAGAAGACAGCGGAGAGGAACGACACCGCAGAAAGGAUAAGAGGUCCUCCAGAGGAAGAACCCCGUCCAGGUCCCGCUCAAGGGAAAGUCAUAGAAGGCAUCGUAGUCGAAGCCGGGACAGACGAAGGUCUCGGUCACGCAGCCGUGAGAGGAGAUCAAAGAGUCGUGAGAGGAAGAGGCGACCCAAAUCCCGAUCCAGAUCGCGUUCCAAACAUAGACAAAGGAGCAGAAGUCGCAGCAAAAGCAGAGAGAAGAAGAAAAAGAGUGAGAAAGUGAGAAGGAAGAGUCACAGUCGCUCUCCCAGUCCUGUGGUUUUCAGGGGCAGAAACACAGCUAUGGAUGCACAAGAGGCUUUGGCCAGGAGGUUAGAGAGAGCCAAAAAACUUCAAGAACAGAAAGAGAAAGAGCUGCUGGAAAAACACCAGCAGCAGCAGCAAGAGAUUGUAGCAGCAGCAGCAGCGGCCACAGCUCCGUUGCUCUGUGACCACGCCCCAGCUGCUGCCUCCAGUCCGGCGCUGAAUGUGGCAGCGCUGCUUGCUUCUGGCACACAGGUCACACCACAGAUUGCUAUGGCAGCUCAGAUGGCAGCGCUGCAGGCUAAAACGCUGGCAGAGACUGGCAUCGCUGUGCCAAGCUACUAUAAUCCCUCAGCUGUCAACCCCAUGAAGUUUGCUGAACAGGAGAAGAAGAGGAAGCUAUUGUGGCAGGGGAAGAAGGAAGGGGACAAGUCCCAGACUGCAGAACUUUGGGAAAAGCUGAAUUUUGGCAACAAAGACCAAAACGUGAAGUUCCGCAAACUGAUGGGCAUCAAAGCUGAUGAUGACUCAUCUUCUGGAGACCUCAACGAGGAAGGCAUGAAGACGCUGCAGCAACAGGAAGAAAUGUUCCGUAACCUGGAUGUGCAGUAUGAAAUGGCGCGCUCACAGACGCACACACAGAGGGGGAUGGGCCUCGGUUUCUCCACGUCUUUCUCUUCACGAGGGACAGACCCUGUUUGAAUAUUCACCGUUUCACUCGUCCAUCAUCACCUCAGCUCCUUUUUAACGUGUGUAUAGAAAGCUGAUGCUUUAGAUCGCAUGGAUAUUGGUUUGCAUCUGUAAUUUAUUCAACUAUUCAACUUUUGUCUUGAAAGAAUCCAGAUGUACAUACGAGUGAUUUGGUUUGUUUUUUGUUAGGAUUGUACUGCAGCUCUCCGGAAUAUUACACAAAGGUGCAAUAGGAUUCUGCAUAGCUUUACUGGGGGUUUGAAUGUUGCAACUUCAUUUUCUUUGUGUUUUUUUUUUUUUUUUUAAAUAACUCCUAUUUCCCCCGUGGAUAGAACGGAUUGAACACAUUGCUUAGAAUCAUGCUAUGAAGAACAUGACUGAAACCUUUCCAUCAGAAAACACUGGCAUAGUGGCCACAAUUGUGCCAAGCUGUUCUAAGUGCUUCUCACAUUAAAAUUUUUGUUUGUCCAAAAAUGUUAGUGAUUUACCCUCUUUCAGUAAAUAAAUUUUAAAAUGUUUA